AGCCGAACAAGGCUAGGCCACCGAUAGCACCUCCCCUUUGAAAAAUCGAUAAGAGAACUUGAUGAUUUUUGUUCUUUUCUUGCUCAAUAACAAGCUUUAGGACUUAGAACUCUCUCUCUCAACCCAGAAAUUUCAAAUCUACUGUCUUCUUCCUCCUCUGCCGCCGGUUGCUGCUGGGUGUGAAUUUCGAUUUUUCCAGGUAAAAAUCAGCCAUGAAUUUUAUCUUUUUAGCUUUGAUUUGCCUUGGGUUACUCUAAGUUCCUCUUGUUCCUUCAAUUUUGGGUUAAUUCCGUGAGUCGCGUGCAAAAUUGCCGCUGGCUUCUUCCCCCCGCCAGGUCCGGUUCUGCAGCAGGAAGAAUUCUAGAAACGAAGUCAAGGACGGGGAAAAACAAGGGGAGUGACGAGUUAGAAAGCUAGCCAUCUUGUAAAUUGAACAUAGAUUUUCAAUAUAAAUCAUGAUCUUGCCAUCAAGAGACUAUAAUAUUGUUUAAUUGUGAUUGGUAUGACACAAAUCGAGGAAUACGUGUCAAUAUUGAACAUGGAAUUGUUGAUGUCAAUCCAAGGUUUAAACUUUCAACGGGGGAGCCAUUUUGCCUUGCUAGUCAAGCACAACAAGUUUAUUAUACUCCAUAUCCGGCAACCACGGAUAGAACUACCCGAGGAUGAAGGUGUUAUAGAAGUUGAGGUUGAUGCUAAUACAUUUGAAGAAGAGGAGGACUAUGGAGAAGAAAAAGAUUCAGAAUCCUCAGGAAAUAGUGAUAAUGUUGAGGAUGGUUCAGCAAGGAGGAGAUCUUCCUCCUCAGGAUCACAAGAGCAACACAAUUUUGAUUGCCCACAGCUGUUUACUGAUAGUAGCGUAGCUCCGGAUAUACAGCAAACGAUUGACCCAUUAAUGAACUAUAAUUUUGCACCUGAUCAUGAGAACGAGGGCCCUUCAUCCUCGACGGGGAAAAAAGGACGAAGCAGGAAUUUCAAAGGAAUACGCCCUCCAGAAAAUAGAGAGAGCAAGAAAUGGGUUAAACUCACUGAUGAUAAGCUCCAGUUUGUUGAUCCAAACAUCCCUCGGGCUAUCACUUCACUAUGGAAGUCACGUUUUGAUGGUCCGUAUUUCACCUUUGAGCGUGUCCCCCAGAGCAAGAUUGCUGAAAUUUAUAAUUGUUUCAAGGUAAGAUUCAGUUUUAGCAAAUUUAAUAAAACGAAUGGAUUUAGCAAUUUCUAAUAAAAAUAAAUAAUUUCAUUACUA